AUGCCUUUCCCUUGCUGUCCAAAAUUCAAAAGAUGUUGUUGGUGUACCAGGCAUUUGAGAGUGGCUUGUGUGUUUAUAGUCCUGUGGAGUAUGCUAGCAACAUGCCAUAGCUGCGGUAUAUUAAUGUGGCCAGCAUGUCCGACCCAGUACACGGACGAGAGCAACCCGUUAUUCAAACCCUCGUUCGUCUUCAUGUGGAUACUGUUAAUAUUGAACAUGCUCACUGUUGUAUGCAGCUUUGGAUUUUUAUUGACGUUGCUUUUUGGAAGAUUUUUGUCUUUUGCCGAAGCAUUUUUGUCACUCGGGCUGCUUUCUGCGUUCUUCAUGCUGUGUCAUGGUGUCAUCACACUGACCAUGUUCUUAACCCGACACGAAUAUAACUUCGAUUGUUGGAACCCAAGCGAUGGAAUUGCCCACAUUAUUUAUUUUAUUGUUUGGAGUUACUUUAUAUGCAUUGCCAAUUCCUACGUAUACCAGCUGCGCGGAGAGUACUGA